ACACCACCAUCACCGUUUUAGGGUUUACUUGUCUCGCUCUUAUCACUUCUACACUCGCCUUCAACACACUUGUAUACCUCGCACAUAUCACCAUGACUCGUACCGAGCGCGCAUCUUACCCUGACGCCGUCAACAAGGACCGUUCGCAGGCCAAGAACGGCAUGGACAAGCGCAUCCCCAAGAAGGGUGCCGGCCCCCACAACUGGGGUCGUAUCGAGGAUGAGCUUGAGAUCGAGCAAGCCGCUCUUCAAGAUGAGGAGGCCGAGUUUGAAGAGGCGACAAGCGCAGUCUCUGUGAAUAACGAUGCAGAGCGCCCGGCCCCUCAACGACACGGGAGCUCUCUGAGUCCGGAAGAGGUUCAGCAGGGUAUCGAGUUCCGCAAGAAGGCGUUGAAGUCGCCUAACACCGACCUUGGGUCUAUCGCGCGCACAGCACCGGCACUGUCGACGUCGCCGAAGUACGACGUCCCGGUCGUGACUGAUGCCAACACCAACAACCAUGCUUAAGUUAUUGGGCAUGAAGGGCCACAUUCUUGACCGCUGUCGCAAAGCAAAGCAAUCCAAGUAUCAAUGUAACAUCUGUAGCACUACGCGCGUAAUAGUAUUGUAUUUGUGUACGGAAUCCGAAUCUCGCUUCGUCUAACUGAGCAAGUCAUGCCCGGAUGCCUCUUUAUGUCUUCAAUGAGUCAAGUAGCUCUCAGUACUGGCUCCGUACCUCGCACGGACGACCACUGCAGGAACGUACCAAGAGUCUACAGGGCGUUCAAACCUUGUCGUUCGCUCAGUUCACCGCGCGCCUAUCGCGCGCCUGUCUACCUGGAUUCAAGGGACGCAUAUCCCCAUUACAUAAUCUUUCAUUCGACACCUGGGCAAACUAGGCGCAUCAUCUACCUGUUCCUUUUACCGAUCAUGAUGCUUCUCACGUUCAUCUCGAGUCCGACUAGAGGUGCGCCCUCCUGGGUCCUGCCCAUUUGUAUUUACCGGAAGCUGUGCCUCCCAUGUGAGCUGCAAGCAAAAGGUCAUCCAACCUUCUUUCCAAAUCCCC